UGUGGUUCCGGAAAAAUGCCUGGAGAGCUUGAACAGCAGCUGCAGGAGGUUGGAUCGAAGCUCGAGGCGCCUCCGUCCAACAAAGACGCUCUCGUCAAGCUCUUAAAGCAAGCUGCAACAUGUCUGUCGGAGUUGGACCAAUCUCCACCGGCUUCAAUUUUAGAGGCAAUGCAACCUUUUCUUAAUGCAAUUGUCAAGCCAGUAUUUCUUAAGCAUCAAGAUAAGGAUGUAAAGCUUCUAGUAGCAACCUGCAUUUGUGAGAUAACCAGGAUUACUGCACCUGAAGCUCCUUACAGUGACGAAGUUCUCAAGGAUACUUUUCAGUUGAUUGUGGGUACUUUUAGUGGGUUAAAGGAUACCAGUGGUCCUUCAUUUGGAAGGAGAGUUGUCAUUCUGGAGACUCUUGCAAAAUAUAGGUCAUGUGUUGUGAUGUUGGAUCUUGAAUGUGAUGAUCUAGUGAAUCAAAUGUUCAGUACAUUUUUCGAUGUUGCCAGUGAUGAUCAUCCAGAAAAUGUUUUAUCAUCAAUGCAAACAAUCAUGAUUGUUCUAUUAGAAGAAAGUGAGGAUAUUCAAGAAGAUCUUUUACUUGCUAUAUUGUCUGUAUUAGGUCGUAACAAAAGUGAUACCCCAAAGAGGCUUGCUAUGAAUGUUAUAAAGCAAUGUGCUGGAAAACUUGAAGCUGGCAUAAAACAAUUCCUCGUGUCAUCAAUGUCAGGCGAUAGCAGGCCAGAAAAUAGUCAAAUUGACUACCAUGAAGUUAUUUAUGAUAUUUAUCGUUGUGCUCCUCAGAUCUUAUCAGGAGUUGUUCCAUACCUCACUGGAGAGUUGCUGACUGAGCAGCUGGACACUCGUUUAAAAGCAGUGCAAUUAGUCGGAGAUCUGUUUGCUCUGCCUGGGUCUUCUAACACAGAAGCAUUUCAGCCUAUCUUUUCAGAGUUCUUGAAAAGGUCGACUGACAGAGUAGUUACCGUUCGUAUGUCUGUCCUUGAUCAUGUCAAGACCUGCCUGCUGUCAGAUCCUUUAAGGGCUGAGGCUCCCCAACUUCUCUCUGUCCUCUGUGACCGGCUCCUGGACUACGAUGAAAAUGUACGAAAGCAAGUUGUUGCUGUAAUUUGUGAUGUGGCGUGCCAAGCUCUGAAUUCUAUUCCUGUUGAGACUUUGAAACUAGUUGCAGAGCGUAUUCGAGACAAAUCUCUACUUGUUAAAAUUUAUACUAUGGAGAGGCUGGCUGAGGUUUUCAGAGUAUAUUGCCUGAGGUCCUCUGGUGGUUCAGUAGAUCAUAAUGAAUUUGAUUGGAUUCCUGGGAAAAUUUUGAGGUGUUUCUAUGACAGAGACUUCAGAUCUGAUACAAUUGAAUCUAUUCUAUCUGGUUCCUUGUUCCCAACCGAGUUCUCAGUAAAAGAUAGAGUAAGACUUUGGGUGAGAGUUUUCUCUGGCUUUGACAGAGUUAUGAUGAAGGCUCUUGAGAAGAUCCUUGAGCAAAAACAAAGGUUGCAGCAAGAGAUGCAGAGGUAUCUCUCUCUUAGGCAGAUGCAUCAGGAUGGGGAUGCCCCUGAGAUCCAAAAAAAAGUUUUGUUUUGCUUCCGAGUCAUGUCUCGUUCUUUUGCUGAGCCUACAAAAGCUGAGGAGAAUUUUCAGAUUCUUGAUCAAUUGAAAGAUGCUAAUGUCUGGAAGAUAUUGACGAAUAUUCUUGAUCCAAACGUUAGCUUUCAUCAAGCUUGUUCUAGUCGGGAUGAUUUGCUUAAAAUACUUGGCGAAAAACACCGACUUUAUGAUUUCCUGAGCACUCUUUCUAUGAAAUGUUCGUAUUUACUUUUUAACAAGGAGCAUGUAAAAGAAAUUUUUCUGGAGGUUGCCGUACAAAAAUCCUCUGGGAACGCACAAUAUACACAAUCUUGCAUGGAUAUACUAGGGAUUCUUGCACGCUUCAGUCCAUCUUUGCUGGGUGGCACCGAAGAAGAACUGGUAAAUUUACUGAAAGACGACAACGAAAUUAUAAAAGAAGGUGUCUUGCAUGUUUUAGCAAAAGCUGGUGGGACCAUUCGAGAACAACUUGCACAGUCAUCAAGUUCUGUUGACCUUGUACUGGAAAGGCUCUGUUUAGAAGGAAGUCGGAGACAGGCCAAGUAUGCUGUUCAUGCACUAGCGGCAAUAACAAAGGAUGAUGGGCUCAUGUCUCUCUCUGUUUUAUACAAGAGGCUUGUAGACAUGCUAGAGGAGAAGACUCAUUUGCCGGCUGUUCUACAAUCUCUGGGAUGUAUUGCAGAGACUGCAACGGCAGUUUUUGAAACUAGAGAGAGUGAAAUUGUAGAAUUCAUAAAAAGCAAGAUUCUUGGGUGCGGCAAUAAAAAAGUAGAGAGUGAAGCAUCUUGGGAUGACAGAAGUGAACUUUGUUUAUUGAAGAUUUAUGGAAUUAAAACAUUGGUCAAGAGCUACUUGCCUGACAAAGAUGCCCACCUUCGUCCUGGAAUUGAUGAACUUCUGGGAAUUCUGAGAAACAUGCUUUCUUUUGGUGAAAUGUCAGAAGAUUUAGAAUCAAGUUCAGUUGAUAAAGCCCAUUUGAGGCUGGCUUCAGCAAAGGCAAUUCUUCGUUUGUCAAAGCACUGGGAUCAGAAGAUACCUGUUGAUGUCUUCCACUUGACUGUGAAGACUCCAGAGAUAUCUUUCCUUCAAGCUAAGAAACUAUUCCUGAGCAAAGUUCAUCAAUAUGUAAAGGACCGGCUUUUGGAUGCAAAAUAUGCUUGUGCAUUCUUAUUUAGUAUAACUGAAUCUAAGCCACUUGACUUUGAAGAGGAGAAACAGAACCUGGCCGACAUCAUUCAGAUGAAGGCACGUCAGAUCUCUGUGCAGUCUGAUGCAAAUUCAUCGACAGCAUAUCCUGAAUAUAUUCUCCCGUAUGUGGUUCAUACUUUAGCGCAUCAUUCAUGUCCAAAUAUAGAUGAAUGCAAGGAUGUCAAAGCAUUUGAAUUGGUAUACCGGCGACUGUACUUAAUCAUUUCUGUGUUGAUUCAUAAAGAUGAAGAUGUCAAGUCAGAAGCUAGUAACAACAAGGAGAAGGAGAGUAUUUCUCCAAUAAUCUCUCUUUUUCAUAGUAUUAAGUGCUCAGAAGACAUAGUUGAUGCAGCCAAGUCAAAGAAUUCACAUGCUAUUUGUGACCUUGGAUUGUCGAUCAUAAAGCGUUUAUCACAAAAGGAGGAUGAUACACAAGAGAUGAUUUCAUCCGUCUCUCUGCCCCCAAUGCUGUACAAACCAUAUGAAAAGAAAGAAGGUGAUGACUCUCAGGUAAGUGAAGGGAAAACAUGGUUGGCUGAUGAGAGUGUCUUAACUCACUUUGAAUCGCUAAAGUUAGAACCUGAUGAACCGGUUGGUGAAGAAAUUGCUGAGGAUGAGGCUCUGAACGAUGAUGAAAGAGAUGGAAAUGAAGUGCCUCUGGGGAAAAUGAUACAGCGUUUAAAAUCUCAGGGAAGCAAGGCUGGAAAGGCCAAGAAGAAAAAGUCUUCAUCAGCUGAAGUGAAUAAUGCUGAAAAUGAUGUUGAUAUUCUGAAAAUGGUGAGGGAGAUAAAUCUGGAUAAUCUGGGGAGCUCUAAUAAGUUUGAAUCAAGCAAUGGUCAUAAACAUUCUCCGAAGAAAACAAAAUUGGAUCUGGAGAAUCAAGAAAGUAAAAAAAGAAAAGCCGCUGAUCCAGCAUCCAUAUCAGUACCUAAGCGUCGAAGGUCAUCGUCUGCUCAUAGUGGUUUCAAAUCUCCGAAGAGUGCUUCAAAGGGUUUUUUGAGAGUUUCUGGGGAUGGUUCACAUGAACCAAAGGUUUCUUCAUUUCCGUCCAUCGAAAUGGAUACCGACAUUCCUGAUUCAGAAGGUGGAAAAUCUAUGGAGAAAAAAAAGGUCAAAAACACCAAGUCAGAUUUGUUGGCAUCAGGCUUCCAAAGGAGGAGAAGCGUCACAUCAAAACGUAAAAGGAAAGGUUCUGAUACAGAUCAUGAUGAUGAAGCAAAUGAAGUUGGGGAAUCAGAUGAUGAUGAGGAUAUGAAGAAGUCUGAUUUGCUAAUGGAAACUGAUGAGACCAGUCCAAUUAGUAAUUCAAAGUCUCCCACUGGAUCUACCAAGAAGCGUAAAAGAAGAAGCAUCGCUGGAUUGGCAAAGUGUACAACAAAGAACCAUGGAGUAAAUAUAGAAGACUUGAUUGGUUACAGAAUAAAAGUUUGGUGGCCCAUGGAUAAGGAGUUUUAUGAAGGCACUGUUAAAUCUUAUGACCCUAUACAACAGAAGCAUGUGAUACUAUAUGAUGAUGGAGAUGUGGAAGUUCUCCGUUUAAAUAAAGAGCGAUGGGAGCUCCUUGACAAUGGUCGCAAGCCUACAAAGAAAUCAAAGUCAAAUUUGCGGAAGAGUGCUCCUUCUGCAGAAGUAUCACCUGGGCAGAAAAACAAAAAUUCAGGUGGUUCUCGUCAGAAUAAGAAAUCGACAAAGAUUGUUAAAGGGAAGAGAACUCCAAAGAAAAGCUCGAAGCAUACGCCAAAAAGUGCAUCAAAGAAGAAAUUCAGUGAAGAUGAGGAUGAAGGGAAACCUGAUGUUUCAGAUCAUAAACGCACUAGAGUGUCAAAGAUUCCUAAGACGAACUCAGGUGAUUCUGAAGACAAACAAGCUGCCAUGGAGGAUGAGAAUCUUAUUGACAGGGAGGAAUCUGAUCAGGAAGUGAAAUCAGUUUCGGAAGGAAGACCCAUUGAAGAUGCAGAGGGGAGCCCAAAUCAUGCUGAGGAGUCGGAUGAAGAAGAUAAAUUGGAUUCUGAAGAAAAACUUGCUGAAGAUGUGGAGACUGCCCCACAAGAAGAAACAAAAGUUGAUGAAGACGAAGAAGCGGAUGAAUCAAGCAAAGGCACAAGAGAAGAAGCUAAUGAGGAGGAAAAAUCAGAUACUGAAGAGAAUCAAGAAAUUGAUGAUGGUGGGACGAGUCCUGCAAAUCUAGAGAAAGAUGAUGCUGAUGCAGAGGAAGAUGAUGCUGAAUUAUCUGAUGAUGAGCCGCUUAGCAAGUGGAAGCGUAAAGUUGGAAAACCAGGCUCAAGGCGAGCAGGAUAAGCAGCGCAGCGACUGUACUAAUAGCCAAACAAGUAUACAAAGCUUUGAUGCAGUAUCACAACUCUGUGCCUUGACUCUAGUCAGACUGAAAGUAAAGAAAAGAUGAAUGCCAAUUUAACUUUGUAAACACACUAAUAAAUGUCUUGGAGAUUCGCACAAAAUGUAAAAAUAACAAUAGGCAUUCGUUGCAGUGGAGCUGGUAGGUAAGAAGAAUGAAUGUUAGUGUUUAUUACUUACAAUAUUGGGGAGAUGAUCCGUUUGAAGUAACCCUUGUACUAGUACUAGUAGUGGUAGAUGUUAAGAUUGUUACUAUUGACGUUUGUGGGUGUAGAUCUUCUUUCUAAAUAGGCUUGAUUGA